AUGGCACCGGCUGAGGACAGCGCCACAAGACAUGUAUCCCCAUCGGAAGCGCGCCGCCUGGUGCAAGACAUCCUCACCGGGAACGGGGUACCCGGCGAGAAUGCAGCCCUCAUCGCAAAGUGCCUGGUAGCCGCUGACCUCCGCGGCGUCGACACGCACGGCAUGAACCGGAUCCCGUCGUACAUGGAGCGCAUCCGCAGGGGGGUUCUCGACGCCGCGGCCCAGCCGGCCAUCGACCAGGUGACGCCGGCGGUGGCGCAGGUCGACGGCCGCAACGGCUUCGGCUUCGUGUCGGCGCACCAGGCCAUGCGCGCGGCCAUCUCCUCCGCCAGGGUGUACGGCAUCGGCAUGGCGAGCGUCAAGCGCUCGAACCACUUCGGCAUGUCGGCCUGGCUGGUCCAGCAGGCCCUCGACGCGGACAUGAUGAGCCUGGUGUUUACAAACUCGAGCCCCGCGCUCCCGCCGUUCGGCGGCAGGUCCAAACUCCUGGGCGUGUCGCCGAUUGCGUGCGGGGCGCCCGGCGAGCCCGACUUCAUCCUCGACAUGGCGCCGUCGGUGGCGGCCCGGGGCAAGAUAUACAAGGCACAGCGGCGCGGGGAGGCGAUCCCGGCGGGCUGGGCGCUCGACGCGGAGGGCAGGCCGACGGAGGAUCCUGCGGCGGCGCUGGGGGGCGUCAUGCUGCCCAUGGGGGGGCCCAAGGGGUCGGCCCUGGCCGUCAUGAUGGACGUCUUUUCGGGCGUCUUGUCCGGGGCGGCGUUUGCGGGGCACGUCACGGGCCCGUAUGACCCGUCGGGGCCGGCGGACGUCGGGCACUUCCUGGUCGCUGUCAAGCCGGAUCUGUUUAUGGGCCUGGACGAGUUUCGAGGCCGGAUGAAGUACCUGUACGAGAGGGUCGUGGGGGCGGACAGGGCGGCGGGCGUGGACAGGAUCUACUUUCCCGGCGAGAUGGAGCAGCGCACGCAGGCGGAGCGGGAGAGGACGGGGAUCCCGCUGGUGCAGGCCGAGAUUGACGCCUUGAACGCCGAGGCGGCCAGGGUGUCUGCGAAGCCGCUUGUGUUUAUGGACGAGUAG